AUGUCACUCGAGCGACGUAUCAAGGGACUAAAAACGAAGCAGAAAAGCAUUCUUUCGUCGUUUGGCCUGAUCAAAACGUAUGUAGAAAAGUUCGAUGAAGGAAAAGAUGCCAUUGAAGUUCCAGCCCGAUUGGAAAACCUCAACGCGCUUUGGAAGGAUUACAAGGGAGUUCAGGAGGAGCUCGAAUCUAUCGAUGAAACCAUCGAAGAGCAGUUUAAGGAAAGGGCAGAAUUUGAGACGGCUUACUACCGGGUCAAGGGAUUUCUUCUCUCAGUCACUAUUGAUCUGCCAUCUGCAACAAUUGAAACUUCUACUUGGGAAAUUCCUUCCGGUAUUUUGCUUGCCGAUCCACAGUUUCACGAAGCGAAUCCGAUCGAUAUAAUCAUCGGCGCGGAAGUAUUUUUCGAUCUAUUUAGAGUGCCCGGCCGAAUUCAACUUGGAGAGUCGUUACCAACCCUGGUAAACUCCGUCCUCGGUUGGAUCGUUUCGGGAAAAACUUCGUCCAGCACUCCGAAGACUCCAGUAAUCUCCAACUUAGCCACGAUCACAGAUGUACAUCAAAUGCUAGAGAAGUUUUGGACUCUUGAGGAGGACCAUGCCGCUCCAAACCAUUCCGUAGAUGAAGCUCAUUGCGAGGAAUAUUUUCGAAGCACUGUUAAACGCAAUUCGGAGGGACGAUAUAUCGUUAGAUUACCUUUGAAAGAAAAGGUGAUCAACCAACUCGGUGACAACCGCAAUACUGCAAUUCGCCGAUUUCGAAUGCUAGAAACUCAUCUCAGGCGCAACUGCACCAUGGCGAACCAAUAUUCUACAUUUAUGGACGAGUAUCUAAACUUGGGUCACAUGCGGUUUGUUCAAGAUUACCAAUCGCCACCACCACUUUGUUAUCACAUGCCACACCAUGCUGUAAUCCGUGAGGACAGCGCCACGACAAAACUACGAGUAGUUUUUGAUGCGUCGUGCAAAUCACUCAAUGGACUUUCACUGAACGAUGCAUCAAUGGUGGGCCCCACUGUCCAGCAGGAAAUUCGAUCGAUAAUCAUGCGUUCGAGAAUACACAAGGUGAUGAUCAUUGCUGACAUCAAACAGAUGUACCGUCAAGUACUCGUGGACGAACGAGAUACACCUCUGCAACGAAUUGUGUGGAGAUCAUCACCGGAGCAGCCUCUGGGUACCUACGAAUUACUAACCGUAACCUACGGCACAGCAAGUGCGCCGUUUCUUGCCACUCGGGUUCUCCAACAGUUGGCUGACGACGAACAGCAACAACACCCCUCUCUCCUCCGAACCAUCAUUGCUAGCGGACAACACCCAACAGCAGCUGCAACUCUACGUAAGGAUUUUUACGUAGACGAUCUUUACUCGGGAGCGAACAGCACCGACGAAGCAAUUGAGCUCCGGCAGCAACUUGAAGCACUACUUCUCAAGGGUGGAUUUCAGCUUCGAAAAUGGGCAUCGAACGAGGAAGCAGUGUUGGACGGUGUACCUCUGGAGAAUCGCGCUCUUCAAACAUCAUUCGACCUUGACCGUGACCAAUCCAUAAAGUCACUGGGUCUUCUCUGGGAACCGGCCCUAGACCAACUUAAAUACAAAAUCAAGCUACCACAGGAAUCGUCUGACGCUCCACUCACAAAACGCUCCGCUCUUUCACAAAUCGCUCGACUUUUUGACCCCCUUGGUUUGUUGGGCCCAGUUGUGGUCACUGCAAAGUUAUUCAUGCAAGCACUAUGGAUGCUGAAGAACGAUAACGGAAAGGUUUUCGAUUGGGACCAAGAACUGCCUUCAUCCAUGCGAGACACUUGGCUCUCAUAUUGCACUCAACUACCACUGCUUAACAAUCUUCGAAUUGAUCGGUUUGCCCUUGCGACGAGUGCUGCUUCCGUCCAAUACCACUUUUUCUCUGACGCUUCAAAGCAUGCGUAUGGUGCGUGCUGCUACCUCCGAUCAACUGACACAUCUGGUGCAAUUAAAGUUACCCUCCUGACUGCCAAAUCAAGAGUUGCUCCAUUAAAACAGCAGAGCAUCCCUAGACUAGAGCUAUGUGGAGCCCUUCUUGCAUCCGAAUUGUAUCAAAAGGUAACAGCAGCUCUUGAAAUAACUGGCGAGACAUUUUUCUGGGUCGAUUCGACGACGGUUAUCAGCUGGCUUCAAGCUACUCCGUCAUCGUGGGCCACCUUUGUUGCCAAUCGGGUCUCUAAGAUCCAACUUACCACGCAAAAUUGUUCCUGGCAACAUGUCGCCGGGCAGGAAAAUCCAGCGGACUGUCUGUCUCGUGAAAUUCCAGCAGAAAACAUCCACAACAACAAACUCUGGUGGCAAGGACCAAACUGGCUCCAACUUGAUCAACAAUCUUGGCCAAGUGAAUCACCGAAUCAAACUUCUGAUGGCGAAAUUCUCAUGGAAGCAAGGAAACAAAGCUCAACGGCAUGUCCGGCGUCUACGGAACCAUCAUUCGUCGAUAUUCUCGUGGGAAACUUUUCAAAUUUGAACCGGCUUCUGAACGUAGUCGCCUAUUGCCAGCGAUUCAUUCGGCAUUGCCGACGGCAACCUAGUAUCAACGCGGAUCCUACCUACAUCACCACUGAAGAACGACAUACUGCUGAAAUCACUAUAAUUCGACUAAUUCAACAACAAUCCUAUCCUGAAGAAUGGAAGCAGCUCAAUCUAAAAAGAUCCGUGUCACCUAGGUCCCGCCUAAGAUGGUUCAAUCCAUUCAUCUCACCUGAGCAGGUCAUACGAAUCGGUGGUCGGUUGAAUCAAGCACCUCAGCCUUUCGACAGCAAGCAUCAGCUUCUCCUACCAGCGACACAUCCUUUCUCGAAGCUCCUAGUCCGCUCGUGUCACGAAAAAAAUCUGCACGCGGUACCUCAGCUGCUCAUCACAAUCAUCCGUCUGCGAUACUGGAUCACAGGGGCCAGGAGCCUGGCCAGAUCCAUCACACGUAAUUGUGUCACCUGUGUACGAGCUCGUCCAAAACUGUUGGAACAGUUUAUGGCCGACCUACCAGCAUCCCGUGUCACUGCAACGCAACCGUUCACGGUAACCGGUGUUGACUACUGGGGACCUAUCACUCUGCAACCCAUACACCGCCGUGCAGCCCCGAGAAAAGCCUAUGUCGCGGUCUUCGUAUGCUUUUCCACUCGCGCCGUGCAUCUGGAAUUAGUUAUCGACUUAAGUACGGCAAAAUUCAUCCAAGCGCUAAGGCGCUUCGUCUCUCGCCGCGGCUUAUGUAGCGACAUCCACAGCGACAACGGUAGAAAUUUCAUUGGUGCGGCAAAUGAACUCCGACAACUGAUUCGCAGCAAGGAAUACAAACAAUCCAUGGCAACGGAAUGUAGUGAAAAUGGGAUCAGAUGGCACUUCAACCCGCCGAAAGCAUCUAACUUCGGCGGCCUAUGGGAGGCUGCGAUUCGAUCAGCCCAGAAGCAUUUCAAUCGCGAUUUGAAAAACCACACACUGCCGCACGACGAGAUGGAAACAUUACUGACGCAGAUUGAGAGCUGCCUUAACUCUCGCCCUAUAACACCCUUAAGCGACGAUUCGACCGACUUCGAAGUCCUAACGCCCGGACACUUUCUUAUUGGAUCUCCACUUAAGGCUGUUCCACAAAUAGACUCUACUGAAAUUCCCUUUAAUCGGCUCCGACUCUGGCAGCAGACCCAGAAGAUGUUUCAGCUGAUCUGGAAACGUUGGCACGCUGAAUAUCUUUCCACUUUGCAACCUCGCACGAAAUGGUUCAAGCCCCCGAUCGAAAUCAAAAUAAACCAGCUGGUGCUUCUUCGGGAUGAUAAUUGA